AUGAAUGAUUCUGGCGAUACAAUAGGUUUUCAUAACAGCACUCAUCCGGCUGAAUGGUCCAAGAGCACAGUUUCCACCUUGCUAAGGCACCCUAGUUGUUAUAUUAUUGAUACGGAUUAUCUGGUCGAGCGAUUCUGGUUAGUGACUGUGCUCGGCUCAACAUUAUCAACGAUCAGUAUUGUUGAGAAUAUAUUUCUGUUCGCGGUGUUUGUAUCGAGUCGACAGCAUCGUAACAGUUGCUCGUUGUAUUUGAUGUUGCUGGCGUUGUCGGAUACCUUCAUCAGUGGAACGUAUAUUCUGAUUAUGUCCGUUAAAGUGUUGUAUCAGUUCACUGAAAGCGUCUAUUUGAAACGAAUGUGGGUGGUAUAUUUGGUGCCAAUGAUGACCAUGUCCCAUAUCACAAUAACAACUUCAUCGUUUCUGAUCGUCUUCGCCACAGUCGAACGGUUCUGCGUUACCGUAUCGCAUCAUUGCGUUGAAUUCUUGCAAAACAAUCGCAAACUUAUCGCGUUCUUCGCUGUGGUCAUUGGUGUCUUCACCAAGGGAACACUCCUUCUUGAGAUCGUCCCCGUAUACGAUCCGGAUUGCGCAGAUACACUGAACGAGUAUCAUCUAGAGGUGACCCCAUUGGUGAUUCACAAUCGCCACUAUAAACUAUGGCGUUUUUGGUUUCGGAAUAUAGUCACAAUCCUGUUUCCAUUCUUCACGUUGAUGUACUUGAAUGCAAGAAUUGUGAAUGAACUGAGGAAGAACGUUUAUUUGGGAACGCAAUCGAGCUCCACUCACAACCACGCCAAUAAAGCCGUCAGCGCAAAGCAGCGCAAGGUUCAUCAUACACCUCAAAUGAAGUUUUAUUUUCCCAAAUGCUUCUGA